AUGCACGCCUCCAGCCUCUUCACUCUCUUCGCGGCCUUGCCCGCCGCCAUGGCAUGCCUCGGCUACAGCGGUGGCAUCCCCAAGGCCACCGGCACCGUCUCCUACAAGUCUGCCUACGUCAUCAAGAAGGGCCAGACCUUUGACGGCCAGUGGAAGCGCUACGACCGUGGCGUCAAGUGCUCCGGUCAGAGCGAGGGCGGUGAGAAGGACGCCGUCUUUAUUCUCGAGGAUGGUGCUACCGUCCGUAACGUCAUCAUUGGCGCCAACCAGAAGGAGGGCAUUCACUGCCGCGGCAGCUGCAACGUCGAGUUUGCCUGGUUCGAGGAUGUCUGCGAGGAUGCCAUCUCGCUGACCGGCUCCGGCACCUCCAACAUCAUCGGCGGCGGAGCCUACCACGCCGCCGACAAGGUCAUCCAGCACAACGGCUGUGGCCGUGUGAAUAUUAUCAACUUCUACGCCGAGGACUACGGCAAGGUGUACCGCUCGUGCGGUAACUGCAAGGGCAACAGCAACUGCAAGCGUACCGUUCACAUGGAGGGUGUCACGGCCAAGAAGGGUGGUGAGCUCAUCGGCAUCAACACGAACCUCGGUGACAGGGCCACCUACUCCAACAACUGCUUCCCCAAGACCCAGUGCCAGGGCUACAACGGCUGUGACAAGGCCAAGACGCCUGGCUGCGAGCCGAAGAAGUCCAAGCUCUGCUAG